AUGGCGUCCGCGCCGCAAAACACGGCGUCGAUGCACGGGUCGGCGGUCGUCCGAGGCAUGCACGAGUUUCUCAUCGUCGGCUACAGCGAGCGUAAGCCUUUCGCCCGCCUCACCAGCGACCCCGCCUGCGUCCUCCACGACCUCAUGCACGGCAAUGCCCACGUUAGGUACCACUCCAUCAACUCCGGUGCCUUCCAGGUCAGCAACUGCACCUGGGAUCUCGUCUGCACCUUCGACGACCAAGGCCACCUCACAUCUAUCAGCCUCGACCUGCUCGGCACCGACAUAACCAAGGACGUGAUCGUCACGGCCAGCAUUCAGAUCGACGACCCGCGCGGCCAGUGGCCGCCCGCUGUGUGGCGAAGCGACGCCGCCUAUAGAUUCUCAACCAAUUUUAUUUCCAAGAGUAUGAGCUGGAAGCUGUCGCUCCCAGAUGCGUUCUGUGGGCACGAGAAGCGCUACGUCACCGACGACGACCGCCUCACCAUCCUCUGCACCCUCGGCAUUCUCCAAGAGGAUGCCCAGACCGCCGCAGAGGCAAGGAAGUGCUUGGUCUCCUUGGUGCCGGCGCCCACCAUCCGCCGGGAUUUCCAGCAGCUUCUACUACGUCCCUCAAGGAUACCCCCGUCAUCGAAAGUGACCUUCCUCGUUGAGGAUACCAAGUUCCGCGCCCACACGCUUGUGCUUGCUAUGCGGUCGCCAGUCUUCGCCGCGGAGCUCUUUGGUCACAUGAUGGAGAGCACCACACAACGUGUUAGGAUCGAGGACAUGCGUGCCUCCACAUUCAGGGCCAUGCUCCAGUUCAUCUAUACUGACGAGCUUCCCAUCAAGCCAAACAACGACGAGGAAUCAGGAAGCAGUCGUAAUAACUUCAAAAAAGAAUUCAUGGCGAGGGGCCGUGAAGCCAUGGUACACAAGCUGCUUGUGGCAGCUGAUCGGUACGAUUUCGAGAGGCUCAGGCUCAUGUGCGAGAACAUACUAUGCGAGAGCAUCGAUGUGGAAACUGUCAUGAUGACUUUGCUGCUAGUGCGGGGCCGCCAAAGGUGUUGUCUGCUUGAGGAUUGCUGCAUCAAGUACAUAACAUCUAAUCCUGAUGUGUACGACGCGGUGAGGGCGACCAAGGAUUAUGAGGAGCUUAAGGAAACAUGUAGUUCUUUUAUAAUUGAGGUCAACGAAAGAGUAGCCACACACAACAUGGCCCGCCACACUAGCUCCCCUUCUUCAUCCUCCAUUAUCCGUCGGCCAACAGAAGAGAAGAGCACAUCCAGGGUCAAAUUGUCCAAGGUGUUCCGGAUCGGAGACCCUAAUGGCAAAUCACCAUCGAUUGUGCUUGGUUCAAAAGAUAUUUUUACCAAGGUACGUGAAACCCGGGGGUUUCAAAAGUUCAUCACAGUGAAUUCUGCAAAGUCACGAUACAUAGGGCGGAAUGGUUCCCUUACCAUAUGUUGCCACCUUGAAGUCCACACGAAGGCGUGUACUACUAGUACUAGCACCACCAUCGCCAAACCUAUGAUCAUCGUGCCGCCGUCCAACAUUGUCAGGCACCUCGAGCAGCUGAUGGUUAGCAAGCAAUGGUCAGACGUGACGUUCCUGGUCCAGGAGAGUGAGAUUCACGUGCACUGGCUCAUCAUCGCCAUGCGGUCGCCGCUUCUAUAUGAAAUGUUGGUGGCAUCGACAACCAAAAGUGUCGUACGGAUCAGUGAUAUGAAGGCCGUUGUGCUCAGGGCCAUACUCCACUUUGUCUAUACCGACGAGCUGCUUCCUGUGGAUGACACGGUGGUAGCCAGAGAAAUGCUGGAGGCGGCAUGCCGGUUCCGCUUGGAGAGGAUGAAGGCCAUGUGCGAGAAUUUGCUCGCUCAUCUCCUAUCGAAAGACAACGCGAUGAGCACUCUGGAGCUGGCGUUCCGACACCACUGCGAGGGGCUCAAGAUUUACUGCAACGACUCCAUCAAACGUGCAAUGAAGUGA